AUGAAGCUGGACUUGAAAAACUACUUCCUCGGCCAAUUCCUAAAGCAGCUGACCCUGAAGCCCAGUGACUUGGUGUUCUUGUGCAACCUGGACACCCACGUCAAAUUCCGGGCCGCCAUGGCCAACAAAGCCAUUUUCGGAACUUUGGGAGAAACAACCCGUUUGAUGAUCACAAUGCUUGCGACGGUUGUCUUUGGCUGUCAAAGUGAUGGGCCUUUGAAGUCAUGCUUGAAGUCCACGUCAGAUCCGUUGGAAGUGGUGAACAAUUGCCAAUUUUUGGCGGAUGCUUUGUCGGAGAUCUCCGCCAAGAACAAAGAUGAAAGUGCAGGUCACCCAGACUCCGCUGGUGAAAAGAAACAGGGUGAUUCGCAAAAAGUCGACGACGAUGAUGAUGGCAUCGAAACCUCUCUGAACGACUUGGUCACUCCUGAGCAGCUGGAAGCGGAUGAUUCCGGAAAGCUGGAAGUUUGGUUGGAUUUUUUGAAGAACAAAUUCGACAGCUUCGUGACCCUUGUCAUUGACCAGGACACCGUCGGUGAUCUGAAGUCUGUUGUGGAAAAAUGCGAGAUUUUGCAGAAAGUGGAAGGGCCUGCAAUGCUGCUUUUUGACUCAAAAAUCGCAGGUGAGGCAUCGUCGAACCCAAACUGUCGACUGCCUCCUUUCCAAGGGAAAAUGCUUCGGCGCUAUGUGCAAACCUUCACCGCACUCCGUGGCAACGGUGGAGACACAGAGGUGCAGGAAGGUGACCUGCGUCGCACUGACAUGAUCGCCUAUAUGGAUGGAAGCCGUCCGGGAAAUGAUAGUUCCGUCAACGGAUGCCUGGUGGACACCAAUGGAAGGUCCAUGAACAAGGUGAAGCAAAAUUUCACUUUGGUAUAUGAUGAAGAGUCACUGGGCGAUCGAAAAGAAAAAGUCAGGGGAUUUGUGCAGCAAACUGAGAACCUCAAUGUCUUUACCCUCGAUGGUUUGCAGCUGCAGAAACAAUCCCGCAAACACUACAGUGGGACCAAUCUCGGAUCCAACAUCGGCCCCAUUCGAGCUCUCGGCUACGACGACCCUGCUUGCUGGAGACUCUCGUUGGCUGACAAGAAACUGUUGUACUCCGAGAAGGGCAAGAUCCUCACUGGGGGAGCAUGUGGUGAAGAGAACAAGGUAGCAAAACCUACUUUUGCGGAUGGGAUGGAGCCCGUGUCGUGGCACUGUUCCAGCCCGACAUUGCUGGCGGAACUGUUGCACAGUUUCCGCCCGAAGGUCGUGUUCCGUUGCCCGGAAUCCGAUCACCUCCUCAUCCUGGAGGCCAUCAAGCAGAAGAUUCCGGUGGUCAGCAUUGUCUGGUCAUCUCACCACGAGAAACUCCUGAAGCAAAAGUGUCUCAAGGCAUUGUGGCAGUGCAUGGUGGAUCCAAAUUGCCCAGAUCUGUACGAAGUUCAGUUGGCAGCACUUCUCAAUGAGGGCGGCAAAAUUGACGAACCACCUUUGAAGAAACCCCGCAAGGUCAAGAACAAGGCUGAGUCUGCCGAAGCUGCCGGUGCCGAGUCGAAGGCAGAUGGCGAAGCUGCCGGAAGUGCAGAUGGCGAAGGUGCUGCCGGUGCCGAGUCGAAGGACCCGAAGAAGAAAGGUGGCAGGCCUCCCAAAGAGGCGUCAAGCGCAGCGGUUGCUGCCAGAGAUGCCCUACUGAAGAGCUUAGCGGGCUGA